GAGCGACAUUAAUGGUCACCAACAAGUGCAGCUACACAGUUUGGCCAGCCAUUUUAUCUGCUACCAGAAGCUGGCCGAUCCACACCCCGGGCUUCGUUCUCCAACCAGGGGACACCAACACCAUCCAAGUGCCUCCAACCUGGUCCGGCAGACUCUGGGGCCGGACCCUCUGCUCCUACAACAUCACCGGAAGUUUCACGUGCGUCACUGGUGAUUGCAUCUCCUCCACUGUAGAAUGUGGCGGCGCCACCGCACCAGUCACUCUGGCAGAGUUCACUCUGAAUGGCACUGGCGGGCUGGAUCACUUCGACGUGAGCCUCGUGGACGGUUUCAACCUCCCCCUGGUGGUGGAACCGCGGAGCGGAAUAGGAGCCGAAAACUGUAGGGCGACUGGUUGCCGGAGGAACUUGAACAAAAAGUGUCCGGUGGAGCUGCAGGUGAUAAAAGAGGGCGAGGGCGUUGUGGGGUGCAAAAGCUCGUGCGAGGUUCAUGAGCCAUGCAGCAAUAAUUCCACCUUGUUUUCACACUUUUUAAAAACUAGUUGCCCUGAUGCUUAUCACAAUGCCUCCUUCACUUGUGUCUCUGCAGAUUAUACCAUCACUUUCUGCCCCGCUUUCUCCAAGAGAAAAUUUCCAGCUCGGGUGGUGGACCGCUCAUCCCACUACGUCCUCAUGCUCCUGAUGAAGAUACUCAUACCUACUGUGUUCUCAGUUUCUAUUUUAAGUUGUUGCGCAUGCAACAUAUGGUAUCGCUCACCAAAUAGAGAAUGCAGAAUCAACAUGUUCUUCGGAAGAGCUAAAGCUAAAACCCACGAUCCCCAACAAAAUACUGCCAAUAGUAUUGUUGAGAUGGUUGAUGGGCAUUAGAGUAUGGCCAAGGUUUUCUUAUUGCCCUCACGUUUCCUCAAUUAGUUUCUUAUUGCCCAUAUAUAUUUC